GUCAGUUUUCGGAAUCCCAGCGCGCACUGCUCAGCGCAGUGGGACCCAAGCCCGGCUUCGUGUCCUGGCUGCUGCCUUCUCGGCCGGGCAUCCCGGCUCUCUCGGCUGCCCUCCCGGCCCGGACCCUCGGUAGGGCUUCGCUCCGAAAAGACUUUGCUUCCUCCUCUGCCCUCUUUGUUGCUCUGCAAACCGGCCUCUCUGUAACCCUUGACUCCACUCCUCCGGGAGUUGCAUCUCCAUCCCGGCGGUCUCAGUGCACAGCCCCUCCGGCUCCAACACCUUGCCCCGGUUCGCUCCCGGAAGCCGACCUUGACUUCAUUGAUGCACCCAUUCCAGUGGUGUAACGGGUGUUUCUGUGGCCUGGGACUGGUUAGUACCAACAAGUCCUGCUCAAUGCCACCAAUCAGUUUCCAAGACCUUCCCCUCAAUAUCUACAUGGUCAUCUUCGGCACAGGCAUCUUCGUCUUCAUGCUUAGCCUCAUCUUCUGCUGCUACUUCAUCAGCAAACUCCGGAACCAGGCUCAGAGCGAGCGAUACGGCUACAAGGAGGUGGUGCUUAAAGGUGAUGCUAAGAAGUUACAGCUCUAUGGGCAGACCUGUGCAGUUUGCCUGGAAGACUUCAAGGGGAAGGAUGAACUAGGCGUGCUUCCAUGCCAGCAUGCCUUUCACCGCAAGUGUCUGGUGAAGUGGCUAGAAGUACGUUGUGUCUGCCCCAUGUGCAACAAGCCCAUCGCUUGCCCCACGGAGACCUCACAGAGCAUCGGAAUCCUGCUGGAUGAACUGGUGUAAGUGCUCCUGGCACAUGGACACUGGAGAAGACUGCCUACUUUGGGUACCUGGGUUUCUCUACACAAUGAACAAGACUCACACUCACCUAAAGGCAAGGAUGACAGAGCCGAGCUUCUCCCAGCACCGCGGGACCAGUACCAGACUUGUCCAGUCUCCGCCUCCCAGGGCUUCUCUCCGUUAUCCAUUUCCAAUGGCCUCAUCCAGGUAGACUGCUCUAUCCUGGUACUGGAUUGACUGUCCAACCAUCCAUCUCCACCCACCUCAUCUUUGCCCUGGGAAGGAGUCAACUGGGUGACUGUGACCAUGGGCACCUCCCUUUGGACAACAAGCCACUCUGACCUUGAAAGGCUCUGCCCCACCCAUGUCCUUCACUCCUGCCAGAGCCUUCCAUGGGAUGGUUUCCAAGGGAAAGGAGAGAAAGAUCAAGAAACCAAGACGAAAGGCUCUGUGUGAAGUCAAGGAAAGCAAGGCCCUAAAAAAGGGAGAAGUCAAUGUUUACAUGGGAUGCCAGAAACAAAGGCCAGCCUCGCCCUGGCUGGCUGCAGGGUGAUGGGACCAGCCCUCCCCUGUUAGGAUCUGAGGUGCUAUUCAUUCACUUCCUGGCCCUGCUUAAUCUCAGAGCCUUCUAGUCAUCAUUGGUUUGGAAGAGACCCUGCUCUAUAGGAAGGGGUCUAAUCCUCAAGCCCAUUUUCAGGGGCUUUUUUUUUCUUUUUGGAAGCAAAACGGGCCUCAGGCUGGGGAUGGUCGAGAGGAUACCGUAGUGCGGAUGUCUGCUUCCCCUCUGUAAAUAGUAUUUUUAUACUUCAUCUUCACCAUCACCAUCUCAGGCUUUACACGUGUGGCCCCUCCCCCACCCAGGAUGGGGGUGGGGGAGUGUCCCCUUCCUUCCCUGAACAGGGCGGCUGAGAGUGGGAAGAGGUUAUGUAUUUAAAGAAAAUUAAAUUUAAUAACAUGUUUCUCUAAUCAGAUUUUUGGCUUGUGGUUGUGGCCUGUGCCAAGAGAGGGAACAGAGCUCUUUACCUGCCUUCCCCCAGUCAGACCAUACUAGAGGUUUCUAAUCCUUAACAAAACCUGAGGGCUGGACAUGUAUCUCAACAAUAGAGUGCUUGGGUAACCUGCUCAAGGCCCUGGGCUCAGUUUUUGGAAUGGGGGAAAAAAAAGGGGGGGGAUUACUUAUUGAACACUGGUAUAAAAUAAGAUCUGAUGAAGCCAGGAUCAGUCAUCGGAAGGUUUAGAAACAUUGUAAAGUUGAUUUCAAGCACAGCGUUCACUCAACUGACUUGAAUUCUACCUGGUGGUUGAUUGUCAGUGAUCUGACGACCUCAGAGGCCCAUGUAGCUAACCUGGCACCCCAUCUCUUUACUACUCCUGUGUCGCUGACAGUCCCUCCCUGGCACAUCCUAGCCUCCCACACACAUCUAGAAUUCCAUGUGGUAGCGACAGGUAUGACCCUGCGUGCAUCCAGGUCCUCCACCCACAGCCUCCAGCUUAGCUUUGCCAGUUUCCCAAGGGGCCUGCUGUCAACAGUGAGUGCGAUCAGAAUGGGAUGGUAUUGGGAACACCUUUCUUAAGCAUAAGGUAACUAGACCCUGGUUGGCCCUUGCUUGGGAGCACAGAUCGAUGCCAGUCAAGCAGUCAGCACGCCUUGGGUGCUGAGCUGAGGAAAGCCAUUUGCUGAGCAUGGUUUGGAUUGAUACCAGCUGUGAAAAAGCUACCCAUCAUUGAGUACUAGAUACCUGGAGUAGGUAUGGUGCCAUCUUACCCAGCCAUUGUCUUGUGCAUCUUGGACAACACCAAGGUGUAAUGGGUACCUGACUCUAGGCUCUUCUACAGGAAGGUGCCUUUAUUCCUUAACCCCUGCUUGCUAUUGUCAACCUUAAGAGAAACAGAUCUCCCUCAACUGGGUCACCACUUCCUCUUCUAGCAGUGAUAGUCUGGAAGUAUUGAGGAAUUUUGAUGUAUUUUUCUCAGCCGAUUUCAGCCUACCCCUCAGUUCCUGCUGCAGGUGGAUUCACUGGUGGAGAAAGUAAUCAGGUUGGCUUUGUAUUAAUUACCACCUCAUCAUCUCUCCUUGCAACUGGGAGGGUUCAUCAGUGUUAGCAUCCUGAUGAAAAUGUUAGCACGAAAAAGCUUGUUUCACAGCUUUCAAAACAGUAUUACCGGGUCAAAAUGAUAUGGGGGCAGGAAAUACCUUUUAUUCCCCGUGCUUCUAUUGAACCUCAGUGGUAUAUAUUACAGAGUACACAGAAGGGAAAAUGAUACUGGUUAGCUGAUCAGCUCAAUUGGCAGCUGCUAAGCACAAUUAGACACUAUGUCCCCAAUUCACACAGUCACCGGUGAAGUGACUUGGUUAAGCCUUUUUAGAACACCUGCUGCCCGGUUUGGCCACUUGACAGGCAAAUCCUGACCUUGGCGAAAUGGUGUGAGCACUGUGCUUGGGUGGCAAGCUCACAUAAUCGAGAUCUUUACUCAGCUGUCUUGUCAGCAGCAGCCCGAGUGUAUAUGCCAAGACAUGAUGCUCAAUCAGCAGCCCGAGUGUAUGCCAAGACAUGCUCAGUCUUGGGAGCAGUAAUGUGGACAUUGACUGUGAUUAACCAGACUGUGGGGACCAGAGAGUUCAAACCAUUCUGUAUGAACUAAGGUGGGAAAGACAGUAGGUUAGAAUAUAAGGGGAGGAGGCACUGUGUGAAAGCCAGGAACAGGAUUUGAUAGAGUAAGCACCCUCAAGUUUAUUUACAUAAAACUUAAAAAAAAACCCACUAUAUUCCAUCUGAGAACUAAGCAAAUUAUUCUCUCCUCUGGGUCCUGUAUAUAGCCACAGGCAGCUACAAUAGACCUAGAACUAUUCAAAUUAGCAAAGAAUGUAUACCCUGAAUAUAUCUGAAAGGGAGAAAGAUCAAAGGAAGUUGUGUUGUAAGCAGUACAUGCCAGCUUCAGCAAAGAAGGGCUUUUGUUCUCCCCACACACACACACACAACCCCCAGAAGACUUUUCUUGCUUCUCUGAAUAUACUGAAUUUAGGAUUAGUUUGUUUAAAAAAAACAACCGGUGCUCACAUAAUUAAACACUAAGUGUCAGCUAACUAACACAACCCCAGGCAGUGUGGAUCCAAGUUCAGUGUCGUUUUCCUUGCCCCACAGUUUUGAAAGCAGAUGGUGCUAAAGACUCAAAGUACCAGGUGCUGUCAAGCCUGGUGCAGCCUGGGAAGACAAGCCUCAUCGCAGUCCUGUGAGCUGCACCCUAGCCACUGUUAGGAACAGGGCAGGGUCUUGGAAUUUAUAGUCUUUGUUUGAUUACUUGUUUAAUUAAUUUGGUGUCUCUUGUGUUUAAUUCCACAAUGAAUGACUUUUUUAAAAAAAGAUUUAUUAUUUAUAUGUAUGUAUACUGUAGCUGUCUUCAGACACACCAGUAGAGGGUGUCAGAUGUCAUUAUGGAUGAUUGUAAGCCACCAUGUGGUUGCUGGGAUUUGAACUCAGGACCUUUGGAAGAACAGUCAGUGCUCUUAACCACUCUGAGCUAUCUCUCCAGCCCCCAGUGAAUGACUUAAGUCUUAAAUAGAACCACCAUUUAAAAUCGGGUAAAUGAAAUGAGACAGAGCUCCUCUAGGGAAGAAUUUGAAAUUCAGCGAUAGCUUUGGAUAAUGGUGAUAGGUGAAUUUAAAAGUGGGCCACCACAUUGGGUCACACAUGCCUUUAAUCCUGACACCUCAGAGGCAGAGGCAGGUGGAUCUCUGAAUUUGAGUCCAGCUUGGUCUGGUCUACAUAGAUAGCCAGGGUUAUGGGGGGAUGGGGGGAGGUGCAUGGAGGGGGAGAAGUCACCCUUCCUCUUGAUAGUUCUAUUCAACCAGCACUUCCCAUGUGUUCACUAGAAUUUUUAUUCCUUAGUUCUGUCAAGAUUGUCCCUUAUCCAUGUCUACCCUCCAUUCCAUCACAUUGCCCAUCUCUUUGAACAUCAGAUAACAUCCUUCCAGGUCACUGGAAGCUCAGACUUCUGUUGAAGCCUCAUCCACAGGUUCAGAGGGGCAAAUGUGAUUGAGUUGGAGACAAGAACUGUUAUACAAAUUCAUGGGACAUGAAGCCAUUUAUCAUCCCACUUAAUAAGCAUUGGAUUCCAACUGAUCCAAUCCAAGAAAAUAAAAACCAUGCCCAUUUCCCUUCUGAUGGAAAGACAUCAAAUGUCACCUUUGUGUUUUGAUCCGUUCCUUAUGUGACAGCUCAACAAGAAACCAUCAUGUGCUCUGUAGAGGAAGAGCUAGGGGGACAUCAGCCAGGAGAUAUACUGGAAGACACUUUUGAUGGCUACUGAGUGUUCUCAGUCAUGACCCCCCACAAAGCACACUUUUCUUCCUCUUUUUCCCCCCAUUUUUCUUCAUCUAUUCCUAUUCUCUAACAUUACUAAGAUGCCAUACUAUUGAAGAAUUUUCCAGAUGGGCUGUAGGUACCAUGAAUGGGGCUCUGAGUUCUAAAUGUUCAUUAAAUAAGCAUUGACUCUCAAGAGGGUGCUGAUAUCCUCAAAGACAUGAAUAUCAUUUGUGAUGUCUGGAACAUUAAAGAAAUGAUGUAGCAUAAAGAAGCCAAUAAAACCAGAAGAAAUCUCUACUGGAA